AUGUCACGUGCAACAAUCUGCCAGCCAGAUCUGAACCUCGAUCGUGGCUCGCUCUGUUUGGACGAUGUUGUCGGUGACCCCUCCCCGGAGACUAGACUUUUCCGCCCCGAGCCUAAUCCUGGCGAAGACGUGGACGCUAACGUACAGAAUGGCCCUGCCAAUCCGAAAAAUGAUAUUCUCGAAACUAGCGACCACGAUGUAAAGGAUUUUUGGCAGAUGGCGCACGAUGAGUUAACAGAGAGCGAUCGGAACACUCUAGCAGCACUUCUCCCGUCGACUGCAAUCAAGCCUCAGGACGCUGACGGUGCAAGAACGAAAGAGAUACUAGACGGAAUAGUUAAGGCGACAGAGGCGCAGUACAGGGAGAAAGGGGAAAAGAAUGGCUUUCGGGUCACAGCCCAUAAAAUAUUAAACUCGGCGCUGUCCUUUCAAGAUGUUAUCAGUAACACUGUAAAAUUUGAUCCGACCGGGUACGCUUCCAGUGCUUGGGCGAUAGUCUCUCUUGGAUUAACGAUGGCUAAGAAUCACGCAGACCUCCAGGGGGCUCUAUUUGACUCGUCGGGAUACCUGGCGGAUUUGCUGACUCGUUGUGCGUUCAUCGAAGAACAGUUUUAUGAGGGUGAAGAUCUUGUUAUAGUGAAUGUCGAAAAACAACGAUCUAUCGUCCGGGUGUAUGUGGCAAUAUUGCGAUACUCUGCCGAAGUACGGAGAGUUCAACAGUUUAACAAGGGAAAAAAUAUCGUGGAGAGUAUAACGGCUAUAACAAGCCAGCCACUCACGCAGCUCAAAACCUCGAUCAAGGAGGAGGAGUCCUACCUGCAUCACUGGCUGGUCCUGGACCAAUAUCUACGCCGAAAACAGGAUGCAGAGGAAAUUCUGACUCGUCUCGAUGAAGUGAUAGUGGAUAUCCAAAAAAUGCGCAAUGCAGUUGAUAUGUUAAAUCUCCCCUUCGCUAAGGGUGCAUUUUUUGAUUCGUUUGAGGACCAGUAUGAGAAUGAAUGCCUUCCUGGAACACGAACAGAAUUGCUUCAGCAGGUGCAGGACUGGGGGAAGUCCAAUAAGAGGCCCAGUGACAAACACAUAUUCUGGCUGAGCGGAAUGGCAGGCACUGGAAAGUCUACCAUUGCGAGAACGGUAGCUCGAUCGUUUAAAGAGGAUGGCAUCCUCGGGGCAAGUUUCUUUUUUAAAAGGGGCGAGGGAGACCGGGGCUCAGCUGCAAAGUUUUUUUCGACAAUUGUGAAGCAGUUAGCAGUCUACAUUCCUCAAAUGAUUGUCGGAAUCCGAAAAGCUAUUGAAGAUGAUCCUUCGAUCCCGGGAAGUUCGCUUCGAGAGCAGUUUAAUAAGCUCAUGUUACAGCCAUUACUAGCUGUAUAUCACGGUAAAGCUAUGAAUUCUACUGUUGUUGUAAUCGAUGCCCUAGAUGAGUGCGAACGGGAAGAAGACGUAGAGAUCAUUCUCGACCUUUUACCCAAGGUCGAGACAGCAACAAAGAUGGCAAUCCGAUUCUUCUUAACAAGUCGGCCAGAGUCACCUAUCCGUUUUGGGUUUAAUCAGAUCGAUAAGAGUGGCUACCAGAAUACCAUUCUGCAGAACUUGGAUGAAAAUGUGAUAAAGCGUGAUAUCACUCUAUACCUCAGAGAGAAAUUUAUUACAAUAAGCCAGAAGCGCCAAAAUGGACUUCCUUCUGGCUGGCCCGGAGAGAAAAGAAUCGAAGCCUUAGCAAUGAUGGCUUGUCCGCUCUUUAUCUUUGCUGCCACGGACGCUACGGACAGGAAUAAGCUGAUUGAAAAGUUUCAGAGAAUCGUUGGUGUAAUCAUUUUUCUUGCCAAUCCGCUCUCAUUGAGCUCUCUUGCGGAGCUGCUUGAAAUACCGGAUCGCUAUAUCAAUAUUUAUCUGGACUUAUUCUAUUCAGUCCUGUCUAUACCUAGCGAUUCAAAACUACCUAUACGGACCCUGCAUUUGUCCUUCCAUGAUUAUCUGGUGGAUGAUCUUACAAAAGACCAAGAGGCCAUGUCUCGAUUCUGGGUGGAUAAAAAGGAGAAGCACGAGCUCAUAGCCUGUCAAUGUCUUGCUGUCAUGGGCCGUUACCUCAGAAAGAAUAUUUGCGAUCUGCCAAACCAUGGGACCAGCCGAACAGAGAUAGACCCUGAUGCUAUGGCAAGGUUUCUUCCGCCUGCCCUCCAGUACGCCUGUCGCUAUUGGGUUUACCAUCUCCUUCAGAGCUCGGCGCCAGCAAAGAGCCUUGACCAAGUCUUCCCUUUUCUGAAAGAGCACUUUCUUCAUUGGCUGGAGUCAAUGAGCAUUUUGGGGAUGAUACCCGAGGCUAUAAUUGCAGUGAAUUCAUUGCUCCAGCUGACAAAGGAUAUACCCAGUAAUGAGAUAUAUGUUUUCCUCGGAGAUGCUCGCAGAUUUAUCCUAAAAUUUGUACAAAUUCUUGAUACGGCACCACUGCAGCUGUACAGCGCUGGCCUGAUUUUCGCACCACAUAAAGCGUUGAUCAGAGAGAACUUUAAAAAAGAACUCCCUGCUUGGUUAUACAAAGGCCCAAAAGUGGAAGAGUAUUGGAAUCCAGAAAUGCAAACGCUCGAGGGUCAUUCUGACUGGGUUCGGUCGGUCGCCUUCUCAGGCGAUAGCCAGCUUCUCGCAUCGGGCUCUUAUGAUAAUACCAUUAAGCUGUGGGAUCCCGCUACGGGCACUCUCAAGUAUACCCUCGAGGGCCAUUCUAGUUCGGUUAAGUCGGUCGCCUUCUCAGGCGACAGCCAGCUUCUCGUAUCGGGCUCUUAUGAUAAAACCGUUAAGCUGUGGGAUCCUGUCACGGGCGCUCUCAAGCAUACCCUCGAGGGCCAUUCUAGCUCGGUUUGGUCGGUCGCCUUCUCAGGCGACAGCCAGCUUCUCGCAUCGGGCUCUUAUGAUAACACCGUCAAGCUGUAG